AUGGUAUGGAAAAAGAUAUUGGUAUUUAAAUUUUUCGACAUAAUCGCUUGCUCAAUGGUAGAGUCCUCUGUGGCUGGAAGCAUGAUAACCUCUGUUGUUAAACUGAAAGGGACAGAAAGUGAAUCAAUGCCUUUUCCAUUGUUGUUCCGAGGAACCGGGAUGCUCAUUGUACAGCCAACAACAAAAUUCAGUGACCUGAGGAGGGAUCUUCAAGCUAUGAUAGAUGUUAGAGAAUUUAUUGAGAGUGGGAAUCUGGCAAUGGGAGUAUGGAUGUUUGCAGCUAAAGAUCUGUUAUAUACCGAUGAUGAUCGAUUUAAGAGGAUGUUUUCUGAGAAGAUAGUUCCAUACCUUCAGAAAAUAUCUUUGGAUUUAUGGAAAAUAUAUGAGAAGAGAAAUAAGACAUUCAGUGAGUUGCUUAUGAUGGCAUACAAGAGAGUUUUCCAAUGCGAGGAGGUAGAGAACAGAGAGAUGACAAAGUUUGGAGAAGCCAUUAUUAGUGAGGUAGAGAAGAUGGUAGAAGAGGCAGAGGAGGAAGAAGAUGAAGAAAAAAAAAGAAAAAAAAUAGUCGUAUGCUAUGGUAUUAAGAAAUAUGGAGAGAGACUUUGCAAUAGGUCUUGGUGGAAAAAGAUAAUUAAUGCAGAAAGGAUUGUAUGCGAGGCAUGUUCCAAGUUGUACGAGACCCCAGAAGAAGUAGAGUUGAUGGGAUGCAUGGUUGAAGGAUGGGUAAAGAAGGUAUUGAAAGAGAACAGUAUUAGUGAAGAAGAAGCUUGUGAAUAUCUAUACUUGGAAUACAGAAUUAUUUCGGUUGGGUUACUAUUAACCACAUGCAAGGAAAGAAGUAAAGAUGUUGUUGAAGAGAUAAUCAAGCAGAUAAUGAUAGGGAAAGAUGGUGAAGAAAUAGAUUUAGAAUAUGUUGAGAAGGUCUCUGAUGCAGUUCGGAGGAGACAGAAGGCUGAGGAAGAAAGAAGACUUAAGAUUGAGAGGGAACUGCUAGGAGAAUCAGAAGACUCAGGAGGACGAAAGAAGAAGAAAAGUCGGGGGGGGGGGCAGGAAGAAGAGACUGGCAGCAGAGGAGAAGAAGGAAGAAGAGGGAGAGAAGGAAGAGGAGGAAGAGCUGGUGGGGGCGGUCGGAGGAGUUUCUAUUCCCUCGGACUCUGGAAAGAGUAA